UUGUUAUUGGUUGUCAGGUGAGUGCGUCAGGAAGGGGAUGUCGGUGUUGCGAUGGCUGGUGAGGAGAGCGCCCCUCGGACGAUCGUUAACCCUCGUUGGCCACAGACAAACUGACUUGCUCCGGUACAUCGCCCGUCACGCUUGCUGCGCCGUGGGUCUGAGGUCCGACUCUGGGGUCUGUGACUGCAGGAGACUUGCUGGCGUCUCCCCGAGGUUUCACUCUUGUUUCGCCGACUGGAGUUACGCUAAUGGCACCCCGAAACGUAAAGGUGUUAUACAUGUAUUUGAGAAGUCGUUGCAGAAUUAUUGUGCUGGAGUCCAAGUGAAUUCUUUCAGCAGAAUUUCAAAUUCCACCGACCCCCAACUAAAAAAUAUACGUGAUAAACGGCCAGAUACUGUAGGCGUAGAUUUAUCCCUGGAUUACGGACCAAAUCCGACCAUUCCUCAAAGACUCAUACAAAAUGUGCCGAAGACAUUGCGAGGUUACUUACAGCUGAUGAGACUCGAUCGCCCUAUUGGGUCGUGGCUCUUGUUCUGGCCGUGUGGCUGGAGCAUCGCUCUGGCGGCACCGCCGGGAUGCUUGCCAGACUUCAGCAUGCUGGCGCUCUUUGCGUUUGGAACGCUGGUGAUGCGCGGCGCCGGCUGCACCAUCAACGACAUGUGGGACAGAGACUAUGAUAGUAAGGUGACCAGAACUGCGGGACGACCUCUAGCCAGCGGCACACUAUCAAUGUUUGAUGCUCUUGUGUGUCUAGGCACACAACUCAGCUUGGGCUGUUUGGUGCUUCUGCAGCUUAAUUGGUAUGCGGUGCUGCUUGGUGCCAGCUCUCUAGGUCUAGUAGUGCUCUACCCCUUGAUGAAGCGCGUGACAUACUGGCCGCAGCUCAUGCUGGGGUUUACGUUCAACUGGGGAGCACUGCUGGGCUGGUCUGCUGUCCACGGCUCCUGCGAUUGGAACGUUUGUCUUCCACUCUACACGGCUGGCAUAGCGUGGACUCUCAUAUACGACACAAUUUAUGCGCAUCAGGACAAGUAUGACGAUGUGAUAAUUGGCAUCAAGUCGACGGCACUGAAGUUCGGUGAAACAACGUGGAUGUGGCUCAGUGGCUUUGGUAUCUUAAUGACCUCUGGUUUAUUGCUCACUGGUUAUAGCGCCCACCUGGCGUGGCCGUACUACCUGGCUGUAACAGCAACCGCGGCCCACAUAGCAAAACAGGUGUGGACGCUGGACAUCAACAACCCCAGUGACUGUGGACAGAAGUUCCGAGCAAACCGACACAUCGGUCUCCUCCUCUUCGCUGGCAUCAUCGGAGGAACGUUACUCAAGUCUAGACACACAAGUACAGACAACCCAGAGGACAAUCCUGGCACUCCCAAGACCUCGCAAAAUAACUGACCUGUCGGAAAGUCACAAACAAAUAGCACUUUUAAUUAUAAUAAUGUAUUAUAUAUUUGUUCAUAAAACAAACUAGUGUUGUAUAUUGUGAUACAUUAUAUUAAUUGUCACCGAAUGGUUGUUUCUAGUCACCAUGUUGGGUGCCGUUGAACUUUUAAAUUUUUAUGUCUGUAAAUAAAAGUUUGUCUAUAU